AUGCCCCAUUACCUGCUUGAGUGAAACCAGACUGAGAACUUCUGUCAUGGCAGCUUUUCUGCUGGGAGCUGUGUUGCUUAUCGUUCAACCUCAGAUAGUGCCUUCCAGACCGGCUAUAAAUUCAAAAGCUGAGACAACUUCCCAGUCUGUUCAGAGAGAGCUUUUAAAGAAAACAUCUCAAAAAAAUGACUUCAAGGAAAACAUUCAUUCUAAUGGAUCAUGCCAGCAGCUGCCACAAACUAUCAUUAUUGGAGUGAGAAAAGGUGGAACAAGAGCUUUGUUAGAGAUGUUGAGUCUCCAUCCAGAUAUUGCGGCAGCAGAAAGUGAAGUUCACUUCUUUGACUGGGAAGAUCACUACAGAAAUGGAUUGCAGUGGUAUAUUAAUCAAAUGCCAUUCUCUUAUCCCCAUCAGAUCACCGUGGAAAAAACUCCAGCAUAUUUCACAUCACCUAAAGUGCCUGAAAGAGUUUAUAACAUGAACCAAUCAAUGAGACUACUCCUUAUUUUAAGAGACCCAAGUGAGAGAGUACUAUCAGAUUACACCCAAGUGUUCUAUAAUCACAUGCAGAAGCACAAGCCGUAUCCAUCCAUUGAACAGUUCCUGGUUAAAGAUGGUGAGCUCAAUGUGGACUACAAGGCAAUAAACAGAAGCUUAUACUACAUUCACAUGCAAAACUGGCUGAAGUAUUUUCCUCUUGAUCGUAUCCACAUUGUAGAUGGGGAUAAACUAAUCAAAGAUCCCUUCCCAGAAGUAGAGAAGGUAGAGAGAUUUCUGAAGUUAUCGCCACAGAUAAAUGCUUCAAACUUUUAUUUCAAUAAAACUAAAGGCUUCUACUGCCUAAGGGACAGUGGUAGGGAGCGUUGUUUACAUGAGUCAAAAGGACGAGCACAUCCACAAGUAGAUACCCGAUUACUUGAGAAACUCCAUGAAUAUUUCCAUGAACCCAACAAGAAAUUUUUUGAGCUUGUGGGCAGAACAUUUGACUGGCACUCAUUUGUGGCAAGUUAGUGGUAACUUUCAGAACUUAUGUUCCAGUGUACAUCUAGAAAUUUUAAAAAGGGCAUUUAACCUAUAAUUUAUUUGUAAAAUCCAUAAAUACUUCUGUACAGUAUUAGAUUCACAAUUGCCAUAUAUAUACUAGUUAUAUUUUUCUACUUGUUAAAUUUGAAAGCAUUUUGUAUUGUUUUUCAUGGUUGUUAACAUUGUGUAUGAUGUGUCUAUAUGAAGAAACUAAAUUAUUUCACUGCAGAA